UGCCACUGCCACAGUGUCUUCUGGUGUAAGUGGUGGGAUUUGGAUUUGCUGAGACCCUGUUAGAAGAGACUUAUUCACCGUCUUUAUCGAAUUCACUUGAGACACCAUGAGUAAAGAGGCUGAUAUGAAAGAGGUGGAGUUGAACGAGCUGGAGCAGGAGAAGCAGUCGAUGAACACAGACACGGAGAAGAAUGGCUGCGUGAAAGUGAAGGUGCCGGAGGAAAAAGAAGUCAAAUUCACAGGCCUGACUAAAGAAGAGCUGAUGAAAGUAGCAGGCACCCCAGGAUGGGUGCGGACUCGCUGGGUCUUGUUGGUUCUGUUCUGGCUCGGCUGGGUUGGAAUGCUGGCUGGGGCAGUGGUGAUCAUUGUUCAGGCUCCACGGUGUAAACCCAUUCCUGAAAUGCAUUGGUGGAAUGAGGGUCCGCUCUACCAGAUAUCUGAUGUGAACAACUACCCUGAAGACAUUAGCGGAAUAGAAAACAAACUGGACAAUCUGAACCAACUGAAGGUCAAAGGGUUAAUCCUAGGCCCAAUACACACUGUUCAGGCAGACCAGUUGAGUACACUGAAUUUGGAAGUGAUUGACCCUGUUCUUGGCACAGAGGAAAAACUGGAAAGCCUGAUAGAAAGAGCCCGCAAGAAGGGUAUCUCUAUAGUGUUGGAUCUGACACCCAACUAUAAGGGAAGGAAUAUUUGGUUCAACAAUGUUCCUGCUCUUGCUGAUCGACUUGGGAAAGCAUGUACCUUCUGGCUCCAAAAAGGAGUGGAUGGUUUUCUCUUUUCUGGUAUAAACCAGGUUGUCGGUACUCCUACCUGGCAGUCCAUCCAGGAUGUUGUUCAUUCCAACAACACAGAAGGGACGAAAAAAAGUGCUUUGAUAGGUUCAGUCACCAACCAGGCUGCAGACAGUGUCACUCUGCUGCUGGAGCAGUCUGGAGUUGAUCUGUUACUAACCAGCCUGUCAGUUUCUAACCUGCAUGGGGUGCAGCAGGCUGAGGACUUAUCCAAGCUCUCUUCCAACCACUCCAACCUUGCCUGGAGCCUUGGUAAUCUCACUUCAGAUUUUCCCAUACGCCUCUACCAUAUGCUGCUCUUCACCCUGCCUGGCACCCCAGUGUUCCACAGAGGGGAUGAGGUUGGACUGAAGAAGGGGGAACCUGUUGAUGAAAUCUGGAACUUGGAUGAUCCAGCUAACGAGGACAAUGAAACAGUAAAGAAUAUAAGAGCAGAACGCAGAGCAGUGCAAAGCUUCUUUAAGGCUCUCAGUGACCUUAGAGUUAAAGAGCGAGCUCUGCUGCAUGGUGAAUAUGAAUCUCUAUACAGCUCCAGCUCUUCAUUUGCAUUCCUCCGCCUGUGGGAUCAGAGUGAACGCUUCAUCACUGCCUUAAACUGGGGCAAUUCCGCUGUCCGAAUGACGAUGACCAACAGCGAUCUGCCUGCUGAGGCCCAGGUCCGUCUCAGCACAGAUACAGAGAAUCUAGCCGUGGACAGCAUGGUGUCUUUGCAGAACCUGGAGCUCAAGGCCAAACAAGCUGUUUUAUUGUCCUAUCCUUAUGCAGGAUAGGAACAUUAGCAAAAAGUAAACACAAUAACACAAGGCUCCUUUUCAGAGUAGAAAGCUAACAUUAAACAAGCUCUGUUUGUUCUCAUUGCUAUGCUCCUUUUAGUUUUGGGAUAUGGAAGAUUGCAGUGUCUAUUUUAGAAAUUAGUUGCCUCUAGAAAGUUUUAUUUCUGUUCUAAUACUAACAUAUGAGUGAAUUUAUUACCCUGAAACAGCAUUAUUACAGCUGAAUAGGACAGUCUAGCUUUGUGUGUGUGUAUGGGCCCCCAUGAAAAAAUAAAUGCAAAAACAAAAAAUAAACAUUGCAUACAAUA